CCCGGACUGCGGUAGAGUUGGUUGUUAACUUGUAGACAUAAUCUACGGACAACGGACAGUUGAGAUUUCCCAAGAUGAGCGCCAACACGCCACAGCCUCAACCUCGCAUUCUCAAACUCGCUUCGACCAUCAGCGAGUCGGUGGCAAAGCUUCACGAGAUUCUCACCGCAGCCGGCCAACCUUCGCCUUCCUUUGACGAAGAUGCUCCCGUCGCCAUCCCCAAGGAGGGCUCUGAUGCACAGGACGCCAUCCUCGACGCCACGUCCGAGCUCUACGACUUGCUUCUCGAGCCCCUCGAUCUCCUCUUCCAGAAGAGCGGACACAUCAACAACGUGAGCAUGCAGUUAAUCAGCCGGCACAACAUCGCCAGCAUCGUCCCCGCGGGAGGACAAAUCUCCUUCGCCGAGAUCGCAAGGCACACGGGCCUCGGUGAAUCCGCUGUUCGGCGCAUCCUGCGACAUGCCAUGACGAUGCGCAUUUUCCGCGAGCCGGAGCCCGGCAUGGUGGCUCACACGAAGGUGUCCAAGACGCUCGCAUUAUCCCAUGUGAAUGACUGGCAGUACACCGGGAGCCAUGAAAUGUGGCCCGCAGCUGUCAAGACGAUCGACGCGAUGCACAAGUGGCCGAAUUCGGAAGAACCAAAUGAGACGGGGUACUCUCUCGCCAACAACACCACGGAAUCCAUCUAUGGCGUCCUCUCCGCCGAGCCGUCCCGCGCCCUCCGUUUCGCCGGGGCCAUGAAGGCCUACUCCCUCAGCUCCGGCCACCACACCUCAUACAUCGUAGACCACUACCCCUGGGCCUCCCUGCCUCGGGGAAAUAGAACAGCAGCAGCAACGACGACGCCGACAACAACAACGACAACGACAACAACAACAACAACAACAACGCCAACCCGCGUCGUCGACAUGGGCGGCGGCCGCGGCCACGUCGCCAUGGCCCUCGCCAAGCGCUUUGACAACCUCACCUUCCUGAUCCAGGACAUCCCGCAGAUCAUCGCCGGCGCCGAGGCCGACGUGCCAGGCGACCUGAAGGGCCGGAUCGCCUUCGCGCCGCACGACAUUUUCGCGCCGCAGACCGCAGAGGCGGCGGACGUGUACUACCUCCGCUGGAUCCUGCACAACUGGUCCGACAAGUACUGUCGCCUCAUCCUCGCAUCACUGGUUCCGGCGCUGAAGAGGGGGGCGAGGGUGGUGGUGCAGGAUACGUGCAUGCCGGACGAACCGGGGGCCGUGGCGCUCUGGAGGGAGAAGGACCUGAGGGCCGCGGACCUGAAUAUGGCGGCCGUGUUUAAUGCGCGGGAGAGGACGGUGGGGGAGUGGAGGGAGCUCUUCGCGGGGGCGGAUAAGAGGUUUGUGUUGAACCGGGUUAUUGAGCCGAAGGGGUCGGCGUUGGGGAUUCUGGAGUUUCUGUGGGAUGUGGAGGGGACGCAGCAGGGAGAUGGAAAUAUAGCUGCUUCGUAGUUGCAAGUCAAGUAGGUCUAUACUUGUUUAUGAAUAGAUGCAUGUUA